AUGAAUAUCAACAAUGGCGUUCCAAAUGGCAACAACUUGACCGGGGCCACUUCUUGGCACGGCAUGUAUACAGGCGAGGAGAGGCAGAAAGUAGUUCAAAUCAUCAUGGAUACAUUGUCCGAUCUUCAUGGAACGAACCCCAACUUUGAUUUUCAGCGAUUAACAAAGAUGGCUCAGGACUUUGAAAGAAUUGUAUAUGAGAAGUCUCCUUCGCGUGAAGACUACUUGAAAGCCAUCAAGCUGAAGGUGAGUCAGUUGAGGUUGCAGAAACAACAAGUUAUUGGUCAAUCAAUUUCUUCCAACAACCAAGUGAACAACCAGCAACAGCGGCCCCAAUCCCAACAAAUGGCACGUAAUUCAUUAAGCUCAAACGCAAAUAUGAAUCAGAUGAAUCCACAGAAUAUGCAGUUUUUACAGCAACAAGCGCAAGCACGAAGCCAAUCGCAAGCUCAGAUACAAGCGCGGCAACAACAGCUUCGACAAAUGGUAAAUAAUCAACAAAACCAAGGCAUACAAUCUUCGCGGCCAUUGGGGGCACAAUCGAUCCAACAGCAACAGCAGCAGCAGCAGCAACAACAACAACAAGGUCUCACUGCGGAAUCACAACCUGUAUUUCCACAGAGAACGGAAGCAAAUACUAAUGUGCCAACAGGUACCGAUCAGCAAGUUCCCCCACAGCUUCUUCAACUUAUUAGGAACUCCCCCAUUCCCCCUCCUUUACUUAGUAAAAUCCCCAAUCUACCAAAAGGUGUGACCACCUGGAAUCAAAUAUUCGAUUGCAUCAAAAGGAAAGUAAUUUCCCAGGAUAUUUUACCCUUGGUAAGAGAUAUCCAUUCGACUCAUAUGCAAUUGGUUAUGCGUCAGCAGCAACAGAAAAUGAAUGUUAGAAAUGAUGGUAAUCCUUCUGCUGCACCCCCACUCACUGAGGACAACUUGAAAUCAAGUCAAGUGAAUCGUCCUGUUGGGCAGGUUAAUCUCAACAAUCUCACCCCUCAACAAAGACAACAGGUAUUACAAAGGCAACGUGAGGCUCAACAACAGCAGCAAAUGUCACAGGGAGUAAGUCAAAUGGACCCAGGUUUGAAUCAAAACUUCAAUUCUCAAGUGCUUUCUCAACAACAAGGAUUACAACAGCAACCGGCACAUGUAGGGCAGCCACAGCCACAAAGUGCGAUUUCACUUCAAAAGGCACCUUUGCAGCAGCAAUCGCAACAACAACAACAACAACAACAACAACUGCAACUGCAACAAUCGUCUUUUGAGCAGAAACCUCCACAAUUCCAGGUCACACAGCAAGAUUAUGCAAAGUACUCAAAUGAUGCGUUGACUCUACUCAGUCGCUUGCAACAACAAAAGCAGAUUUCUGGUCAGCUCGAUGCGAAUAUGAAGGAUGCAUUUGUUCGAAAAUAUAUCCUUCACCAGAAGAAUCAACUCUGGAAGCAACAGAUUGCAGCUCAGCGGGGUCCAACUGGGUUAGGAAUCCAAAAUCCUCAGCUGCAAACUCCACUGAUUACACAAAAUGCCCUGAUUUCAAUGCAGCUGAACGGGGUCAAUCUCAAAGGCAAACAGGUUCCUGUUCAACAGCAAGCACUGCCUUUGAUCGGUACUUCAAGUACUCCAAUGUUGAAUCCAAACAUGGGGGUUCCUAACAACCUUUCGUCUCCAUUGAUGAAUCAAAGGGGUCCAGUCAUGAAUGAACCUACAGUCCCUCCUUCUAGACCAAUACGCACAGCUGCUAAUACUAGUUUGAGCUCAUUACUCCCUCCGUUGACAGAUGAGACAAAACUUCGUCUUAGGCAGUUGAUUGAAGAAGUGUCGAGAAACAAUGUUUUGUUGAGGGAUGUGACAAAUUUACUUCCUCCUAAAGAUAAAACUGCAGUGCGAGACACCAUGAAUCGGAUACAGGAACAGUACGGAAAUGUUGACUCGAUAAUCAGCUAUUUUUACUUGCUUACCAAAAACAUUGAGGGAACCAAGAGGCUUAUUCAAAUGAAGUACAUGACCAAGAACAUUUUAGAGAAUUUGAAGAGAGGAGUUUAUUUGGCGGGUCCGGACUUGUUAGAAAAGUUGAGGAAUCAAUAUGCCAAGUAUUUUGAUUAUGUGAAGGAGCAGAUAACCCAGCGUAGACAACAAAUGGCUGCCUCUGGAGCGCCUCAGUCUCAGCAACUGCAACAAUCACAACCUCAACUGCAGUCACAGAUUCAGGGAAGUCAGUCAUCAAUGAUGGGAGGACCCUCGUCGAUGGAUCAAAUGUUUGGAAACCCCAAUAUUCAAGGAUCGCCUCAGUUGUUUGCACCACCCAACAUGAACCAGUCUCUGCCACAACUUGCUCAAGGUCUUCCCCCUCAGGUACCACCACCUCAGCAACAAUUUGUUAACCAGGGUAUGGGUAUGCAAGGGCUUCCUUUGGGCGGCACACAACUUCCACAGCAGCAGAUGCAGAUGAACCAGGCUUGGGGUAAUGUUCCCAACUUGCAACAACAAUUGCCACAGCAAGUUGCACAACCGAAUGUGCAGCAGUCACUUCCGCAACAACGUAACGUGGCUUCACAGGUUAAACCGAAAAAAGCUCCACCGAAGAAGAAGCGCAACAGCUCUGUAGCAGCAGCCACGCCCAACGCAAUUGCCUCAUCAAUAAAAACUCCGCAUAAUGUGGGUACACCACAGAUCCAAAAUUCUUUACAAUCUCCACAGAUCAAGCAUACACCUGCCCCAUCAGCACCCACACCGAAACCUAAUGUCCCUACUAGUGUACCUUCAACAACUGCACCAUCUACGGGCGCCACGUCUACUGGUGGUUCCACACCAAACUCACACUCUACUCCAGAGAUUGACAUUUUUUCAAUGUCAAAUGACCUGGUGAAGCGCAGAGAACUUUCGCUAACCGAUCCACAGCAGUUCUUUGUUGAGUCUAUGAGGAAGUUACUCGAAUUGGAUGGGAUGGGCAAGGAUAAACAGAUUAGUUCUGCGGCUGCUCUCUGUGCCAUUAGUACUAGUUUUAGACAAGUUCAAGAGAUUGACGAAAUGUGUGAAAAUGUUUUUUAG